AUGGCAACUGGCGUAGAGGAAGAGGCCAAGGAGCCGGAAGCCCCAGAAGCCGGGCAAGAUCCCCAAGUGGCCCAACCCGGCCAACCCUUGGAGCCCCCGAAGCAUGUGCUGCAGCACAAAUGGUGCCUCUGGUUACAUCAGCAGGGGGAGAAGGCGCACCAGGGAACACAGGCUUGGAAUGAGAGCCAGAGAACGGUUCACUCCUUCAACACGGCGGAGGACUACUGGUGCAUGUAUCACCACUCCUACCCUCCAUCCAGGAUGGAGCACGUGGAUUUCUCCCUCUUUAAGGAUGGCAUCACGCCAGCUUGGGAGGACCCUGCCCUCAAGAACGGAGGGCGGUGGGUCAUGAAGCUAGACAAGGUGAGGGCCCAAACACUGGACGACCUCUGGCUGUCUGUAAGUCUCGCAUUGAUCGGUGAGGCCUUCCUCCCCCACGGUGGUGAGGUGGUGUGCGGUGCCGUGGUAUCCUUGCGAAACCGCGUCAGCAAAAUCGCCCUAUGGCUCUCAACCGCCAAGGAUGAGAAGAAGGUGAUGGCCCUUGGUCGCUACUACCGACAGGUCCUGGCCGGCACGCCCGGAUGCCAGGACUACAUCAACAGGGAGCUGACCUUUGAGGACUUCAAAAAAGGAGGAAUGACCUUCGUCCUCAACAAGUCCAACUCCGGCAAUGAACAGACUGCUGGCGUCUUUCAGUGA